AUGGACUUUUCUGAAGACUCUCUCAGAUUUUUUGUCAUUCAUCAGAAAGACGAUCAGUCAGGUGAUCGCGCUAGAGAUCCAAAACACGUGUAUUGCAAUCCUACCAAACCGGAAAUAUGCCCGUUCUUGGCUUUAGGUAUACUUCCUGUAAGUGAUACCUAUACAUUCACCUACUUUUUGUUUCCUUGCCGGACAGGUCAAAGACAAUAUGAACGAUUCCGCAAGCUUUUCUGCCAGCGAUUACUGAAGGACCAUGAUAUCCAGCAGGCACUAGAUGAGAAGGGUCAGCGUGUGGGAGACUUAGGAUCACACAGUAUUCGUAAAGGAAGCGCGACAUACUGCGCAGCCGGAACCACCGCU